AUGGAUAUCGCCACAUACUACUGGUACGAUUAUAUCCGCCCUCUGCCACUACUUCCCGAAGUUGAAAGUCACCUUCGGGGCACCAUUUACGACCCUUACAUCUUUCGUGUCGUCUGGAAAGGCAUCAUGGGCAAGUUCGAGGACGAGCUCGACUCGUGGCUUUCGUGUCCCGCAGAGCCCUCCGUUCAAUUCCUCCAAACUCACCGGGAGCAAUGGCUAUCUUGGACUUUUGGGCGCUGCAUAGGGUAUUGGAUUAUGGGUCACGUCUCACAAACGGAGGUGAGCACCGAUGAUGAAACGUUGUGUCCAUACCAUUGGGCAACUCCCAUUCACGCUCUGAACUGCUCGGUCGUGUUCCCAAAGGCUUUAGAUCAUCGAUGAACUACCAAACAACCGCUUUUUCCUUCUCUAGGACCGAUGAUCACGCCUGAAUUCAACCAACGAAAGUCUUGAAAUCUAUUGGACUUCUAGGCCGAGGAAGAACACAUACCUCGAGCUCGAGACGUCCGAGUAUUUUCAUGGUGCCAAUUAAACUAUUUUGUGUCGUGCUCUGAGACUUUCUGAUUACCGCCUGCUCUUGUGAAAG